ACAAAUGUUGUCCAUCUCUAGUAAGCUAAUUGCCCAUCCCUGGUAGCCAGCUGAUCCAGCCCUAGUGUGCGGCGUAAUAAACAUACCUCCCAGUUACUAUUAUUUAUUGAUAUUGUUCAGUUGCUGACUUGAUUACGUGAUAAUGAGCGGCAUGCUGAGAGGAAUCCUUUCCAAGCCGGAGACCCAUUUAGUCCCACUACGCUACCUCAGCUCUGCAGCAGCACCAGGAACUGGUGGUCCUGGAGAGUGCAGAGCUCUCGCCACACGACCGCAAGCACUGCGUCCACGUCCAAGUGCCCUUACCGACGAGAUAAUACGCGUGGAUCACGCCGGCGAACUGGGCGCCGAUCGCAUCUAUGCCGGACAGAUGGCCAUCCUGGGCAACGGGCCCAUGGGCAAGACCAUUGGCCAUAUGUGGGAACAGGAGAAGGAGCACCGCCGCCAGUUCGAGCAACUCAUCCAGCAGCAUCGUGUCCGGCCCACGAUCAUGACGCCGCUGUGGAAUGUGGCGGGAUUUGUGUUGGGCGCCGGCACGGCUCUGAUGGGCGAGAAGGCGGCCAUGGCCUGUACAGUGGCCGUGGAGACGGUGAUUGUGGAACACUACAACGAUCAGUUGCGCCAAAUCAUGGAUUCCCCCAACCCAGACAAGGAACUACUUGAGACUAUAACGAAAUUCAGGGACGAGGAGCAAGAACACCACGAUACGGGCAUCGAUCACGGAGCGGAACAGGCGCCAUUCUAUCAGGCCAUGACCGAGGUCAUCAAGUUUGGCUGCAAGACGGCCAUAGCAAUAUCGAAGAAGAUCUAGUCAAGGAGCUCCCAUCACGGAGCUACCAUCUGUAUAUAUAGAUAUAUUGCACAUCAAAUUACUCGAGCCUAUCCGACCUAUCCACCCCCUCCCCUUAAGCAUUAAAGAUCGUUGAGAGUUUUAAGAACCAAGA